AUGAACACCGGGCUUCGAAAAGACCUGCCCAACUCAGCAAGAGCCCCCACGGAGAAGCCGGGGCCAGGUGGCCGUGAGCGUUGGAACUUUGUCGAGUUCGCGAACCGUAACACGGAGGCUCCGUGGGGCGGCGGGUGCUCUCUGAUUGAGUUCCUCCGCCAUUGGGGCCGCCGACAAUCUUUCAGAGACGUGUUGACACCAUAG